UGCUUUGGCACUUCCGGCUCGCCUCACUUGCAAAACAGAAGAGUGGCUCGUUAUGGCUUGAAAGAGCCAAACAUUAUAUAAAAUAAGAGGUGAGUUUAUCGUUGUGCUUAUUGACAAUUACAUAUGAUGAUAAAAUAGCUAACAUUAUGUGAUUAGGUUAACUAACGCGUUGUGGCUAAGCUUCCUAGCAACCAAGCUAGCCAACGCUUGUGGCUCAGCUGUCUGAUUGGCAAGAUCAAAAGCUCAUGCCAGCUAGCAAACUGUCUUUCAUUAGCUAAGUUAGCUAGUUAUGUCUUUCUUUGCCAGUGCCACUUUGAUUUGGUGUAGCCACUAGCUAGAUUAUUAAUGCACAUUCUGUCAGCGGCAAACUACACACCGGCGCUGUCUAGUUAGGUAACAUUACUGACUCAUACUUAACGGUUGUAGCUAGCUAUCUUAAUUCGCUUCAAUCGAUUUUGAACUAACCCAGCUGUUAGCUAAACUGGGAUUCGUCAAACAUAACUAGCAGGUAGGCUAGCUAACUAUUUGGAUGUGUGUCCUAUCCAUUUCAUACAGUACGAUAUCCAUUUCUCUAUUAGAAGAAUCAACUUGAAUUUGAAAGAGUGAAAAGAAACGAUGGCGUGUGCUAUGAUACCGCUUGAUGAGCAACAGGUGACAGAGGCUACUGGGCCCCUGGGAAAGGAGCGCACCCUGCCAGCCCUGGUAAGACAGCCAACAUUAUAAACCAUCUGACACUGCUUCCUCGGGUACAUUAUGGCCAUUGCUGUGGUUGUCACAUCACAAACGAACUGCCUUGUGUUACAGUAUCUGCAUUAGUAAGAGUUUGCUACUGUAAGCUAUCAUCGAAGUGUGCAUAUUCCCUUUGGUUAUGUGACCUAUGUCACUGUCCUAGUUGUUUUCUCAUCAUAACCCCACUUUAGUAUAUGUUUCUCUCAACUGUAGAAGUUAAGCUAUAUAAUAUCACUGUGUUGUCUGAUUGCCUCAGUCUGAGGACGUGUCACUGAACCAUUGCCCACUGUCCUUGUUGUGUUGCCAUGGCAGCAUCCAGACAGGAAGGAGGAGCGGUGUUUCGUGCCUUAUAUGCCCCCUCCCGAGGACAGCUCCCCUGCUCAGGUGGAGGAGUACCUGGAGCAUGGCAAGUUCAUCACUGAGGACCUGGACUGGCUGCUGGCCCUGCCACAUGACAAGUUCUGGUGCCAGGUCAGUCACUGUGGCUGUCAUACACCAUAACGUAGAGACGGGAGGUUUUGACCUGACCAAGAUUAACCUAAACCCAUUGGGUCCAUCAUUAACACGCAUCUCUCUCUCUCUCUCUCUCUUUCUCUCUCUCUCUCUCUUCCCCCCCCCCCCCUAGGUGAUGUUUGAUGAGUCAUUGCAGAAGUGUCUGGAUUCCUACCUACGCCACGCCCCUCGGGGAUUAGACCCCUCCUCACUGCCCUCCUCCCCGGCCGUUGCUGACAUGCAGCGCUGCGUCCACCGAGCCGUCUUCAUGACCUUCCUCAGGAUGGCCACGCACAAGGAGUCCAAGGUACCACUGCUGUCUAGGUAGCCUGGGGGUUUGUCUGUUUCUGACAAGGCAAUGAUGUAGUGUUGUUGAAUGGAGAAACUGUCUUUUGCAUGUCCAGAUACCUGUCAUUUAAAAGCGGAUAACCGUGUUUAGAUGGGGUCAGAGACAAGUUUUAACUAAACAGCUUUAACUGUUAGAGGCUAAGAAUUUUUGGAACAUGAAUUAUUCUCUGUCUGACUCUUCUAUUGAGAGGAGAAUUGUCUUACUGAACAUAACUUUUAUUUCCUGUUUCUUCUUCACUCUCAGGAGAGCUUUAUAACUCCGACUGUGUUUGGAGAGAUCAUUUACGACAACUUCCUGUUCGACAUUCCCAAGAUCCUGGACCUGUGUGUUCUGUUUGGGAAAGGAAACUCUCAGCUGCUCCAUAAGAUGAUAGGUGAGCUCCGCAACAGGGCCCUUUGUCUGGUGUAGCACUUUACCUGCUCAAAUGGAUCUAGAACAGAUGACAUUUUUUCAAUAAAUGACAUCAAUGUCUUGUUUAUCUUCCAGAAAACAUCUUCAUCCAGCAGCCGAGUUACUAUGGAGACCUGGAUGAGGCGGUGCCCUCGGUCCUACAGGUAAGAAGCACAACCAUUUAAUACACUCCAUUUCAAAAGGUUUUCUUUGAACAUAAUCUAGGUGACACUGACAUUUUACCUCACUUCCAAUUUAGUGUCACAGCAUUUUAAGAUGUCGCAGCCUGCAACUUUUAAGUAGUGCACAUUGGAGAACAUAGGGUGCCAUUUCAGACUUGCUCUUUGUCUCUUCCCAGGUUUUGGACACUAUCCUUGCUAAGUGUGGUCUCCAGUGUGAAGGAACCACAGCAAUCGAGCCUCUGAAGCUCAGCUCACACGGCCGACCCACCGCCAUGACCAUGAGUCAACAGGUACUGUAAUGAUAAACACACUGCACCUGCCUUUUACACCAUGACCGAAAAGAUAGACCACAGUUAUAAAGUAAAGUCCACUGCUUGUCAGAGAUUGUUGUUUUAAAAACAUGUCAGCUGAAGUUUAAAACCAGCUGAAGUUUAAAAUCUCUUCAAUGAGUCACCGGUUUGUUUUAACUGAUUGUUGUGACUGGUUGUGAAACCUCUUCCAUCUCCUCAAUGAGUUGGCGUUCUCCUAGUACGGGAGUGACUAGUUUAGACUGGUUGUAACUAUCAUUUUUGACUGGUUCUGACCAGUUCUGACUGGUUGUGCCUCCUCUUCCAGGACCUAGUGGAUUUGGUGCUGUAUCUGUGUGAUACCUGUACCACAAUCCAGGCCUUCCUGGACAUCUUCCCUGCUGCCUGCUCCACCUUUCAGUGUCACAGCUUCCUCAACAGGUAGAGUGCUCGCAUACACACCUUCCACUCACACAGAUAUCUCAACAGGUUAAAUGAAUGUAUUUGAUAAACAUAUACAGCCAAGAACAAGCAGUAUUUCACUUGUUUCCCACCACCACUAUUCAACUACACUGCUUCCACAGUGGUGGACCAUUUGUUUCUUUCAAUAUUGCAUUUGUCAGAGUUGAUCACUUUUGCUCAAAAUGUACCUUCUCGUUCUUCUCAGACUAGCCUCAUUCUACGAGGUGGCUGUGCCUGACAUAGAGAAGGCUGUGAGGAAAAGAAACUUUGAUGACAAUAGGUGUGUUUCUAUUUGUAGACGUGUGUGUACUGUGUGUGUGUGUGUUUUUUCCUGAACGUCAAAUUGUUACCAUGGUUACUCCAUGGACAACAUUUGACAUUUUAGUCAUUUAGCAGACACUCACAGUUAGUGAGCGCCAUGCUCUACCAACUGAGCUACACGGGGCCAUCAGUCUGAAAGAAGUCGCAAUAGUCUCUAUAAGCUAGAAUGUUAAAUACAAUUAUAUUUGAGGUUACUUUACCGGUUGUACAUGCUGUUGGUUCUUUUGGCGGUAGGAGAUUGAGUAUCCACAGGAAAGUGUUGUUUACCCAACUUUUUGCGGCGCUGGUAGGUUCUGUCACUUGUAUUUUCAAUCGCUCGGCUCAUUGCACGUGACGCACAAUAUGGAAACAAGAGCCGAAUGUAGUCGACCGAAGCACUUUUCUUCGUAAUCAGCCUGAAGUGUUUGCCGUUAUUGUGCAAGUGUUUGUCACGUGCGAAUUGCAGCAGUAUUGAAAAUAAAAACCGGAAGGACAAACCAAUAUACAGACCAGCGUACUGAAAGUCGUCUGAAUAACACUAUCCUGUGGAUAUUCUGUCUGUUUUCUAGCAGCAGAAGGACAAGCCGGUAGAGCAACUUUAAAUGUCAUUUUAUUAAACAUUCUGACAUAUAAAGAACAUUUACACAAUGUUGCACACAAAUGUCUCAGGCUGUAUAUACCAAUUAAUUGUGUGCUUGUAUAUACCAUGUGUGCUUGUGUGUGUGUGGGUACUGUGUAUGAACUGUUUGUUUUGUGCGUGUUCAUUUGUGCAUCCGUGUGUGAGUGACUGAACCCCCCCCUCCCCCCGUGCCCCCCUGCCAGUCUCCAGGAGGACCUGUGGAGGAGGGUGUGUCACGCCCGGAGGAGGAUGGUGGAGAUGGCGCACCUGCUGCUGCAACACACCUGUCUACAGCCCAUACUAGAGGGGUCAGAACAAAACGCCUUUCUAUCUCUCUCUCUUCUCUUUUUCUCAUCCUUUCUUUAUCCACCUACCAUCCACCUACCUAUGUUUGCUCAUAGCCUUCCCGCAGCCUUUGAACAUUUUGUUGUUAAUUUGUUUUUAGCUCAGAGAACAUUCAGACAUUUGUGGAGGAACUCCUACAGCAUUUCACUACUUUCCUACCAGAGAAGAGGUACAGUACAUACUUGUUUGUUUCCUGAUAUGGAAAGAAUUACCUUUUGAAGGGCCAUAAACGUCUUCAAUCAAUCAAUAUUCUUGACCAUUGCAUCCCUGACCUAAUUAAUACUGUUCUUACGAUGACUGCUGUUGUUUGGAAUGUUGUGUAACUGAUUGGAGCUUGUCCAUUGAGGAGAUAAAGAAAGUUUGUUGAUGCCAUCCUUGUUGCUGUCUCUCUCUCUCAGGUUCCUAUCAGACUACGAUGAGCAGUUCCCCAUAGCUGAUGAUAUCAGUCUUCUACAGCAGGCCUUCCCUCUCCUGUAUCCUUCCUCCACAUGGUCUCACUGGUCUUGCCCACUCAGACACAUGUUCCUCAAUGAGUCCGCCAGUCAGCCAUUCACUCUUCACUCAUUCACUCACUCACUUUGAGUCAUAGAAACAUACACAUCCCCCUCAUUGGAAGAAACGUAUCCAUCCAUCCAUCCAUCCUAGAGCAGUGGGGCGGCAGGUAGCUUAGUGGUUAAGAGCGUUGUGCCAGUAACCGAAAGGUCGCUGGUUCUAGUCCCUGAGCCGACUAGGUGAAAAAUCUGUCGAUGUGCCCUUGUGCAAGGCACUUAACCCUAAUUGCUCCUGUAAGUCGCUCUGGAUAAGAGCGUCUGCUAAAUGACUAAAAUGUAAAUAAUAACACCUCCACCACCCUUUCCUCCAGCACUGCCCAUUGUCUUUCCUUAACCCUCCCUCCCUCCCUGUCAGAGACGAGACCAGGACAUCGUAUCUGCUCCAGGGAGUGGAGGAUGCCUGGGAUAGCGUGGGCCGGAGGAGAACCCAGUCCAGACCCCAGCAGACACACUCCUCCGCCGGGCUGACCGGCCAGGGAGCAGAGGGUGGAGCUGGGGCCUGGGGUGGAGCUGGGGCAGGGGCCUGGGGGGGGGAGAUGGGAAUCAGAGAGCCAGGGGAAGGAGGGGAGACCCCCAGAGGAGCAGAGGCCAUGCUGGAUACGCCCCAUAAAGGAGACAACGUGAGUUCUGACUAGGAGAUACCAGUUUGGGCAUAUGGGGUGGGGUGAGCUGUGAUGUAGUUUGUUAGUUAAACCUCCAAAAUAAUGGGGCCAUACUUGCGAACAUAAGUAACCAUUUCAAUUUAAACCGUUUCUUCGUCUCAAAAUGCGUAUCAGCCAAUUUAAAUAGUCGAUUUACUUGCUUGUGACAGAACGUUAAAGUGUAGCUGGUCCCAUCAGAUAACAUGGCACAUUGGUCUGUAACAAAAUGUUGUGUGCCAAUAUUGCAUUGAUGCAUCCUUGUCUAGGCUUCCAGCUACUACUUUUUUACAAUUUCACAUAUGAGAAAAUCCCACGUUUUUGUUUCUGUUUCACACACGUUAAUGUGCUUUUAUGGAAAAAAUAUAAAUGAGGUCCUUAAAACAUGUACGUUUAUCGUACAGCGUAAAAAAAAAAGAAGAGCCAUAUGAAUUUGUCAAAUAUCAGUCAUGUAGGCUACCAUUAUCACCAUCGCUUCUAGGUGGCACACGCUGCCAAAGCGGUUGACUCGAAAUCGAUAGUGCACGAGAACCCCUCGCAUCAAGCUUUUUUGUUGAGUUCACUGCCGGUCGUUGACAAGACCUCAGAAAAAUAUUUGUAGACCUCCACAAGUCUGGUUCAUCCUUGGGAGCAAUUUCCAAACGCCUGAAGGUACCACGUUCAUCUGUACAAACAAUAGUACGCAAGUAUAAACACCGUGGGACCACGCAGCUGUCAUACCGCUCAGGAAGGAGGUGCGUUCUGUCUCCUAGAGAUGAACGUACUUUGGUGUGAAAAGUGCAAAUCAAUCCCAGAACAACAGCAAAGGACCUUGUGAAGAUGCUGGAGGAAACCGGUACAAAAGUAUCUAUAUCCACAGUAAAACGAGUCUUAUAUCAACAUAACCUGAAAGGCUGCUCAGCAAGGAAGAAGUCACUGCUCCAAAACCGCCAUAAAAAAGCCAGACUACGGUUUGCAACUGCACAUGGGGACAAAGAUCGUACUUUUUGGAGAAAUGUCCUCUGGUCUGAUGAAACAAAAAUAGAACUGUUUUGCCAUAAUGACCAUCAUUAUGUUUGGAGGAAAAAGGGGGAAGCUUGCAAGCCGAAGAACACCAUCCCAACCGUGAAGCACGGGGGUGGCAGCAUUAUGCUGUGGGGGUGCUUUACUGCAGGAGGGACUGGUGCACUUCACAAAAUAGAUAGCAUCAUGAGGAAUUAUGUGGAUAUAUUGAAGCAACAUCUCAAGACAUCAGUCAGGAAGUUAAAGCUUGGUCGCAAAUGGGUCUUCCAAAUGGACAAUGACCCCAAGCAUACUUCCAAAGUUGUGGCAAAAUGGCUUAAAGACAACAAAGUCAAAGUAUUGGAGUGUCCAUCACAAAGCCCUGACCUCAAUCCUUUAGAAAAUUUGUUGGAAGAACUGAAAAGGCGUGUGUGAGCAAGGAGGCCUACAAACCUGACUCAGUUACACCAGCUUUGUCAGGAGGAAUGGGUCAAAAUUCACCCAACUUAUUGUGGGAAGCUUUUGGAAGGCUACCCGAAACGUUUGACCCAAGUUAAACAAUUUAAAGGCAAUGCUACCAAAUACUAAUUGAGUGUAUGUAAACUUCUGACCCACUGGGAAUGUGAUGAAAGAAAUAAAAGCUGAAAUAAAUAAUUCUCUCUACUAUUAUUCUGACAUUUCACAUUCUUAAAAUAUAACUUACCUAAAACAGGGAAUUUUUACUAGGAUUAAAUGUCAGGAAUUGUGAAAAACUGGGUUGAAAUGUAUUUGGCUAAGGUGUAUGUAAACUUCCGACUUCAACUGUACCACUGUUGUACUGAGCCAUUAUUUGCUUGUUUAUGGCCCGCCUGUUAGCUUGCACAAUUCUUGCCAUUCUCCUUCGACCUCUCUCAUCAACAAGCUGUUUGUGGCACCAUUCGCAGGAAACCAUAGACACUGUCAUGCGUGAAAAGCCCAGGAGGGCAGUCAUUUCUGAGAUACUGGAUCUGGCGUGCCUUGCACCAACGAUUAUACCACGUUCAAAGUCGCUUAGGUCACUCGUUUUGCCCAUUCUAACGUUAAAUCUAACAGUAACUGAAAGCCUCGAUGCCUGUCUGCCUGCUUUAUAUAGCAAGCCACGGCCACAUGACUCACUGUCUGUAGGAGUGAUACAUUUUCGUAGGUGUACCUAAUAAUCCUACUGUACACUUUAAUGCUCAUCCUCCUCAAUUCAAGUAACGUAUAUGUGACAAAGCAGAUGAUAGGAAAUGCAUAUAAAAUAUUUUAGGCCUACAUUUAGGUGUACACCUCCAUGUAAUAUAGCCUAUGCAAUAUGAUUAUUAGGCAAUAGCCUUGUGUUUGUGUGCAAGGCUGAAGAAAGAGAUGGCUCCUUAUUCAAUUAAUUCCUAAUCUUCAUUUUCAAGCUGUUGGCUACGUCCCUUUUCAACACACUAACACAAUACAUGUAGAUCUACAUUUCAAAUGUGGGGACUCGUGAGAUUCAAACCCUUGCCACAAUCUGCGACAAUUAUGUGGACUAGGCACUUUACACAGAGAGUAAUUUGACCAGUCAGUCAAAUACACGUGGUAGUUGCUUUGAUGAUCAGAACGUGCUGUUGGGGGUAUGUUAAGGACGCUUCCGUGAACACGUUUUUGGAACACGUCCAACUACAUCGGCGAUUUUAAUUGACUGAUGCAGAACUUGUUCCAGGAUAUAAUCACUGCCUGGUGGGGCAAUCUUAGGGCUAACGUGUGCCAUGUUAUCUGAUGGGACCAGUUACAUUUAGCGUUCUGUCACGUGCAAGUAAAUCAACGAUUUUAAUUGGCUGAUACGCAUUUUGAACAGGAGAAACCGUUUACAUUUAAAUGGUUGCUUAUGUUUGCAAGUAUGACCUCCAGAUUUGUAAUUUUAGCUGGCAAAAUAAUACACAAAUAUAACCAAAUCAUUUUGAGAGCUUACCUAUCCCUAUAUGAGACAAUACACAGGAGCCUCAGUCCUGUGUAGAUGCUAUUGUAAUAGUGUGUGUGUCCGUGUCUGAUAUGUGUUAUGUUGUCCAGGGUGCUGCAUGUACGAUCAGUGCGGGGGAGCUGGAGUCUCUGUUAACCCACAUCAGAGACCUGCUACCAGACCUGGGAGAGGGAUUUCUACUGGCCUGUCUCCACCAGUACAAUUACAGCUCUGAACUGGUCAUUAACUACAUCCUAGAGGACAGACUACACCCUGACCUGGACAAACUGGACAGAGCCAUGCCCAGGUAGAGAGGGAGAGGGGUGGGUGUCUGUAUGUGGACAAACACAGAUGCACAAGCUGAGUCGUGCUGCGCUGAUCUUGUUAUUCAUCCUUCAUAGUUGUGGGAACCGUGCUGGAAAUAACAAUGUGAAAGGAAAAUAUCAGAGCCAGCACGGUUUGGGUCGGGUAGUCUGAAAAAGGUAUUAACGUUGAUGUUCGCCUCUCUCCAGGCCGGUAAAGGAGGAGCUGCCUCCUGUCCUCAGCACCAGGUCCAACGUGUUUGACGAUGAUGAGUUUGAUGUCUUCAACAGAGACCAGGUGGACAUGACCCGCGUCUGGAAGGGCCGGAGGUCAGACGCUAUCAACUAUUUUCCCCCUGGGGACAAAGUUAAUUGUGGCCAAGAUGGCCUCCUGAUGACUCGGUCACAGACCGUUUCCUGUUCUGUCUGGUUACGCCACACCACACCCAAAAUGACAAUUUUCCCAAGUCAUUUUUAGAUGAAUACCAGGUUAAUAGUGAACUGUACAAUAAAGCCUGAGCUCUGUAUAUUUGUGUGUGAUCUGUAAUCUCUGUAUAUCUGUCUGUGUUGUUUCCCUUCAGGAAAGGAGAGAGUGUGCGGGACCUGCUAAAUGACAAGCAGCACAUAGCAGAGCAGAAGGAACGCUACCUGACCUAUGAGACUGUGGUGGAUGAGGUCAUCGUGACUCCCAGCGAAUCAGGAGCCGUCUACAAUCUGGACGAUUAUGAUGAUGAGUAUGAUGACACAUACGACGUCAACCAAGUAGGAGCCAAUGAUCUGGACGGAGACGCCAACCUGCUCAAUCGCAGGUAACACACACCUGUUUACUGAUUUAAGAUUUUAGCUAAUCAUUUAGACUAGAGCCUCCCAUCUGAGUUUGGUUGCUCAGUCUCAAGUUUUCUUCCCUCUAAGAGAUUUGUCCUUGCCAAGGUGCUACUUUGUGACUACUGUUGUUGAACCACAUUUAUGUAAAAAGGGCUUUAUUUAUUGAUUGAGUGUGACACAACCUCUCUCUCUCUCUCCCUCCCACAGGCCGUUCACCAUCCCUCAGAUCCUUCGGCAGGGAGGCAGACCACAGAUGCAGGAGGAGAAUGUAGAGGAGGGGGAGGAAGAGGACGAGAAGGUAGGGUGUAUAGAAAUUGAUUUUCCUGUAUAGAAUAGUGGUCACCGACUGGUCGAUCUCCAAGGCCUUCCUAGUCGAUCACCAAACAUUUCUGUAGAAAACCCAACGAUACAGGCUUGUGCGCCUUUGUUUUCUUAUUGGUGUUGCGCUGUUGGCGGUAGGUGCACUUGAUUCAGAAGCCCUGUUGGCGGUAGGUGCACUUGAUUCAGAAGCCCUGUUGGCGGUAGGUGCACUUGAUUCAGAAGUCCUGUUGGCGGUAGGUGCACUUGAUUCAGAAGUCCUGUUGGCGGUAGGUGCACUUGAUUCAGAAGUCCUGUUGGCGGUAGGUGCACUUGAUUCAGAAGUCCUGUUGGCGGUAGGUGCACUUGAUUCAGAAGCCCUGUUGGCGGUAGGUGCACUUGAUUCAGAAGCCCUGUUGGCGGUAGGUGCACUUGAUUCAGAAGCCCUGCACACCGGGUAGGCAAAGUGUUCCUAUUUUGAACCAUUUCAUUGGUCUGAAAAUACUAACUCCGCCUACCCGGCGGACUGGGAGAUCUGUGGCUAAAUCGAGUACGCUUAUUGCGCUGGCCAAUCGGAUAGCUCAAAUCCCUUCCACGACCUCAGCCCCAGCAAAUUUGAUACUAGCCUACUUGAGAUUUCUUAACUUUUAAACCAAUGACCAGAGAGAGACUGUCAAAGAAUACAGCAAAGAGCUGCUAUUUCUAUGAGUGAGUUCAUGUCUUAAUGUUUUAUUCACCACUGACAACACUGUUUAUUUAACACUAUUACAAAACAUAAAACACGCUUCUCCCUACUUCCACUCCUGCUGCAAUGAAUGAGUAGCCAAGUGUAUCGAUCGCCCUGCAUUUUUAUGAAUUAGCAGCUCGUCGUGUCUGUUAAUAUCGAGGAGUAUUUCACUUUCUCUGGUCAUAGAAACAGCAUGAAUUUGUGCAUGAGGCUGAUGCGGUGCGACUCAAGUUUCGCCAUCAGGUGGAAGAUUGUCCCAUCUCUCUAGUCAGUCUCACCGGAGGAAAUUGAGAGAGCAGGGACCUCCCUCCGCUGAGACUAAUGCCGAACUAAAACAACUGGGAACUCUGAAAUCUCAGACUUCCGACUUCAGUGCGUUCAAGACAACUGGGAACUCCCAAAAAAAUCAGACUGGGAAAAAUCGUUUUGAGCGGUCAUCCAAGUCGGAAACUGGCAUCUUUCUAGAGCUCCGCUUUCCAACCUGAAGAUCACUGACAUCAUGAUUUGACCUCGUUUUCCCCCUCCCCGAGUUCCCAGUUGUCUUGAAAGCACCAUGACCAUCAGAUGCAGGUACCAUCAGUCCUGUAAAAUAAAAAAGCAAAAUGAUUUGCUAAUUAUUUCAAUUUAUCCUUCGCUGUGCUGCAGUGCUACAUCAACUGAUCAUUGUUAUCAAACUGAGUUUGAAUAUAUUGUCUGAGAAGACUGCAUGCCAGGCAUAACAAGAUAAUGAUUGGCCUACUGCCAAACUCAUUCUCGAACUGUUUAUAUAGAUAUGUUAAAAUGUACGUAUUUUAAAAUACUAAUUGAGCGAGUCUGGACUGCUUUUACUGCAAGUGAUCUUAUUUGCCACUGUAUAAACAAAGCUGUUCACAGAACCGCUAUGGACUUCUCUGUGAUGAUGCAAGUUAAGAGCGAUACCUGCCACUUUCCUGAAAUGCCACCCUUGAUUCCUGUUCUUUAUUAUUCUAACUCUACAGUUGCUUCCCUUCUUAUUAUGAUCAACAAUAUGGGCAUGGUCAGUGUUAUCUAUUGGCGCUGUUUAACAUCUUGCCCACAAGGUGGCUUUACAGGCUAGCUACCUAAGGCUCUCUAUGUACCAUGUUUUGUUAUCCAGAUUAGUUAUAUUAGGUUUGACAUAAUUGAACCAGUGGCUAUGCUGUAGGGUUGUCCUUAUUUCUAGGUUAAGCUGUUUAGAUGGAUCAGUCAUUAUGUGUUGUAUCAUUAACCCUUUACAUGGUGUGUUCUCUCAGGACAGUGCUGUGAAGAGAGACCAGUUUGUUCAGGACCCAGCUCUGCUGAGAGAGAGGGCAGAGGCAAGGAGAGCUACCAUGCAACACAGGAAGGGGUACGGAGACACACACACACUAACUUAAAUCCCUGUCUUAUAUUGCCCUUAAGUUCUGUUUCAUGUCUUACAAUUGCAAUGUAAGACAUCCUAAAUUGAGGUUUGUUUAUGAAAAAUGUGUGCAUUUCCCAUUUGAACCCCUCUCUCCUCCCCCUAGGUACCGUCCGGAGCCUGCCAGAGAGCGAGACGUGGUGGGUAAACCUAAAGGCCAGGGCCAGUCUACAGAGACCCUUCUGGACCGACGCAAGAAGGAGGCCCAUAAGAGCAGGGGAGCCAACCACAACCGCAGGGCGAUGUCCGACCGCAAGAGGAACAAAGGUAUGAUCCCCUCCUGA